UCAACAUGCCAUCAGCUACUGGAACUCCCAUCAACAUGCCGUCAGCCAUGUCAGCUACUGGAACUCCCACCAACAUGCCGUCAGUCAUGUCAGUUACUGGAACUCCCAUCAACAUGCCGUCAGCUACUGGAACUCCCAUCAACAUGCCGUCAGCUACUGGAACUCCCAUCAACAUGCCGUCAGCCAUGUCAGCUACUGGAACUCCCACCAACAUGCCGUCAGCUACUGGAACUCCCAUCAACAUGCCGUCAGCCAUGUCAGCUACUGGUAUUCCCUUCAACAUGCCGUCAGCUAGCAGCUACACAAACCUCACUUGUCGUGCCAUCGACUACUUUGAUUCUGCUGGUGAAUGGCCGAUUGCUGCACCUACGCCAUCACAACCAACUACUAUAGUGUAACUAAAUUCAUCGGCACACUCAUCACAAAUGUCCUCUGGAUAUCUCAGCCUGCUACAUGAA